CCCCUGAUGGAUUAUUGAACAGGCGCUCAGUCCCACGUCGCCAUCUGCUUUAGGGAAGAAAAAAAAAACUGCGGGAUGUUCUGAGGCACAUGAUAAACUCUGCUCAUUUGGAAUCGGGAUAAACAAACUUGUUCAUUUUUUACUGAAACAAACUCCUGCAACAGGUGUUGAGCCAGAGAUAAAAGAAACGGAUUACUGACCCACAUCGUCGGUCAAAACAUAGAAAGCAGGUCAGUUCAUCAUCAUUUCAGAAUGUAAAAGAGCCGCUGGUUACUAGUGACUGCACGUGAGUGGAUAAUGAUGCUGCUUCCAUCACUCGGAAAGAUGUGGAUUUGAUAUAAGUUUCCCGACUAAAUUAGUAACUGAACAUAACGAUGCUGGUCUCAUCCUCGCGGUGAACUGACCGAGCUGAACCCACGCAAACUAAAGGGGGAAGCAGCGGAGUGGAGGAUCAGUGUGCAGCGGUCAUGGUGGUGGAGGGGGACAGGGCGCUGCUCGCCGCAAGGCAAGGAGACGUGCAGUCUCUGAAAGCGCAGUUUGCGGAAAAAGCGCUCACCGGCGACGUCAAGGACGUGCUGGGGGCUUCGCCGGUCCACCACGCAGCCCGGGCCGGGAAACUCACCUGUCUGCGCUUUCUUGUGGAGGAGGCGGGUCUGCCGGGUAACUGCGUGGCCAAAAACGGGGCAAGCCCGGCGCAUGACGCAGCGGCCACGGGCAACCUGGCCUGCUUACAGUGGCUGCUGACCCAGGGAGGCUGUCGACCUGAGGACAGGGACAUUUCUGGUGCCACUGUUCUCCAUCUUGCAUCACGCUUUAGUCACCAUGAGAUCACUGAAUGGCUGCUGAAGAGUGGGGAGGUGGACCCCGGGGCCUCCACAGAUACAGGUGCUGUACCUGUUCACUAUGCUGCUGCCAAGGGAGACCUGCCGUCUCUCAGACUCUUACUGGGGCAUAGCCCAAGUGUUGUCAACUCCCAAACCAAGAACGGUGCCACACCACUCUACCUGGCCUGCCAGGAGGGUCAUCUAGAAGUCGUCCAAUACCUUGUCAAGGAUUGUGGAGCAGAGCCAAGCAUCAGAGCCAAUGACGGGAUGACACCACUGCAUGCUGCUGCCCAGAUGGGCCACAACACAGUCAUUGUCUGGCUGAUAAGUUUUACAGAGAUCAGCCUGACAGAUAAGGAUGGUGACGGGGCCACAGCCAUGCACUUUGCAGCCAGUCGAGGACAUGCAAAGGUGCUCAGCUGGCUGCUGCUGCACGGUGGAGAGAUUGUCACCGACAGCUGGGGAGGGACACCACUUCAUGAUGCAGCAGAGAAUGGUGAACUGGAGUGCUGUCAGAUCCUUGUGGUGAAUGGUGUGGACCUGGGCAUCAGGGACCAGGAUGGCUUCACAGCAGCAGACCUGGCCGAAUACAAUGGCCAUUCCCAGUGUGCCAAGUAUCUGCGCACUGUGGAGAAUAUGAGUGUUGAGCACCGUGUUUUGUCCCGGGACCCCUCAACGGACCUAGAGUACAAGCAGCCAGACUCAGGGCUCUCAUCCCCAAACACCACCAUGCCCCCCACCAGCCAGGUAGCACACUUUGACAUCGGUUCUCCAUCCAGCUCCUUAUCCAACUAUGACUCAGCCAGCUCCAGCCAGUCCAGCACUGGGGAGAAGAGGAGCAGCCUAACAACGUCCCGAGGCCCACCUGCUAAACUGAACACAGUUGCACAAACAGGUGCAUCAGAGUCAGCCAUUUCAGAAAUGCAAGCAUACAUGGAUAUGCUAAACCCAGACUUAGGCUCAGACGUGAUUAAAAAUAAUGACGCUGCAGCAUCUAACCCACCACCGCCGCCACCACCACCACCACCAACCUAUCCACCCCCAGCUCCCCCAGCAUGUCCUCCGGCACCUCCUCCACCCCCGAGCUACCCAGCACCCCAGCCCCCUCAGGAGCCAUCAUCAGCCGAGUUCCUGAAGGUGAAAAGCAACUUGCGGCAUGUAGAGAGCAAAACCAACAAGGAGCUCACAACUGGAGAAAGCCACGAGAAGUUGCGGCGUGUGGAUUCAAACAGGAAAUCAAGGAGCUUCUGCAAGCAGCCCAGUACUGGAGACUACUACAAGACCCUGGGCAGCGACACCAACGAGCGUCGUGGGAGCAAAGGCAUGGCGCCCAAUGAGGAGGGCUCAAUGUUAUUGGAGGAACCAAACAAUAGCCCCACCCACAGCUCAGAGAAUGGCACCACAGAGGAGUCAGGCCCGCCUCCAACUCCACCACCUCCACCCCCUCUUCCACCAAGCAACCCAACGCCAAUGCCCCCUCCUCCUCCUCCACUUCCCCCAGAGACGCCAGCCACCCAGAAUAAUGUGGGUACUACCUCCACCAACCAGCGACGUCAGUCUUCAUCGUCUGGAAGUGGGGAUUACUCUGCCUCUAAAGCAGAGGGAGCACUAAGAGAGAUGAAGUGCGCAAAAUCUUUCAACAUGAUGUCCCCCACUGGUGACAACUCAGAGCUGCUGGCAGAGAUCAAAGCAGGAAAGAGCCUCAAGCCCACACCCCACAGUAAAGGCUACACCACUGUCUAUUCCAGCAGUGGACCCACAGGCAACAAUGAAAACUCUACAUCUCCACCAGAGACCCGCACAUCUAGCCCACCUGCCACCAAGCCAUCAUCCCCUCCACCAUCCAGUACACCUGUCACCUCCCCACCCAGCACCCCUUGUCCCAGCGACCCAAGUCCCAGCCCCAGUCCCACUGGCUCUGGAAGUACCAAAAUCAUAUCAACGUCUUCGAGCUAUGAGCGGCUGCCCUCUAACUCUGUGAUCAAUGGAAACAGUGGCGGUGGCAAGACAGGAGCAGACUCAGGACGGAAGACAAGCCUUGCAGAUGUGGAGGCACUAGUGCCCACUCACGAUGAACAGGGAAAAGCAAUACCUGAGUGGAAAAGGCAGGUGAUGGUGCGUAAGCUUCAGGUCAAGAUGCAAGAGGAGGAAGACCAUAAACGCAAGUUUGCGGCUAGUGGGCACUACCAACCUCAGGAAUGGCAUUACUCCCACAUCCACAAUGCCAUUUUGGGGCCAUUUGGAGAACUGAUGACAGAGGAUGACCUAAAUCGUAUUGAGAAGCAAAUUGAGAACCUGCAGGUCAUGCAUAAGGUCUCAGAAAUUGAAAAGGAGCUGGAAGAUUUAGAGCGUCAGCUUCGCCAACUCCUACCAGUUUCUGCAGCCCUCAAUCAAGGACAGUUCUCAGUUAAUCCAAAGCAAGUACAUGGUCAAGCUGAGGACCUUCCAGCCUGGUGCAGUAAGAUUUCUACACUACUUAAGAGUAUGGCCAUUCUUCUUGCUACCCUGGGGGGAAAAGAGAUCGAUAUCUUGGAUCUUGUAUACUCGGGCAAUUCUCAGCAAGAGGAAAGGAAUUUGAGCAAAGGUCAGUCUGAACUAGCAGGAUCAGCUGCCACUGGAGUUAUGGGACGCUCUCAGUCCUUCUCAACAAGAGAGGAAGUGGAGAAGGAGAUAAAGCAGUGUGGAGUCUCAGUGAAGAACCUCAAAGCCAAUUAUGAAAUUCAGAAUCAGUCACAGUCUGCAGAAACAGCAAAUAGAGUAUACAAACGCAAGAGGUCACUCCCUAUGGUAAGUGAGUCUAGUAACCCUCCAAUUCAGGACACUGUCCCUUGUUCCUCUGCUACAGUCCUUGAAUGCAAUACAAAUGGAAAUUUACCAACAGUAGAAGAAUCAGUCUCACCAGUAACUGAAGAACCUCUUACCAUUGUAUCUCAUGCUCCUCUGACAUAUGCACCCCAUGAGAUAAUGGCUCCUACUAACAUUGAGCAGUUCAAUCACGUUCUGUCUGCAGACCCAAUUUUAAAUGAUGAUCAACUUACAAGAAGCUUGGAGGUGCAGACAGAUAUAAGUUAUGUCCAAGAAUGCAUCGAAAUGAGGAAAGAGAGAAUUGUUUUCCUGUUCCUUGAACACUGGCGGAAGUACACCAUCUCUGAGUCUUAUCGGACUAAAUAUGCAGGUAAGAGAGGGAAUCAUUUAGAUGUGGGCUUGGAGGACUACAAUCAGUUUAGUGCACAAAUUGGUGGGGAUAUACAGAGUGAAGACGACAAACUCCUACUUUUCAUGAAGUCAAAGCAGGUAGUUGGAAAUCUGAUCGGCCACUGGAGGACAAUCAUGAGUCAAGUGCCCACACGCCAGAUUCGUAGGCUGAGUCGUGCCCAGAUGAUCUACUGGCCAGAACACUUCUUGCCACACAUCAAUGGUUCACCCGUGAGCUAUGAGAGCCUAACCCUCGACCUUUUUAUGCUUGGAUACUUCCAGUUGCUGGAAAUGAACAUGUCUCGCAAUGAGCGCAAAUUUCGCCAUCUCUUGUGCUACGAGAUGUUUGACCGUCUUGGUACCCAUAAAUGGGAGCUCAUAAGGCAGUUCCACAAAGAGGUCAUGGAGGAAAUUGAGAGAGGGGGGCGAGACUGGGUGGAUGGUUUUGAAGACAUAAAGCUCAAGUAUUUUGGUGACUCUGAUGAGGGGGGAGGUGUAAUGACAGCUUCACUACACUGCAUGUCUCCUGAUAUGUCAGUUAUGCCAAUGCAGGAGUCUCUCCCUCCACCACCUUCACACCCUCCACCCCCUCCACCACCAACACAUCCUGCACCCUCACAUCCAAUGUCAACUCCUCCUAUGCAAACUGCCUUACCAACCUCACCAGAUGUUUCCUUAUCACCACCUGCUGCAGCCCAGGAAAGUGAAUCUGAUAAAGGCAUUUCAAAUGAUACGGUGGUUUCUAAUGGGAAAAGCUCAGAGCAGGACCAUAUGCAGAGCGUGACGACUAAAACUGUACAAAACUCUGACGCAACAGCUAAACCUGAGACAACGCAGGACACAAUAGAAAGCUCAGAACUAGAUCCAGUUAGAAAUAUUCCAACUGCUACUGUUAAAGUCAUAGAUGAACCUCAUAUUGAUAAACCAGCUCUAAGAGAUGAACCUAAUGAAGACUCAAUUAAAGUUAUCUAUGAGUUAAAAGAGUUUAGCAAUGAGGAAAUAAUCAGAUACAUUGACAGAAGCUUUGCUUUCUGGAAAGAAAAGGAAGCUGAGCUUUUUGAUAUCUAACAGCUAUGAAUUCAGGGUUACUAAAAGCCUAGUUCACCUGAACAAAGAAAGAGGAAGCAGGACCAGGAAAACCGAUCUGCACUGUGGAUUAUGCUGAGAAAGGAAACUAAUCUGGUGUGUUACAUGUAGAGCACAUGAGGGACUUAAGUGCAGCAAAGCAAAGAGCAUCCACUUAGCUAAGCUGCCUUCAUCAUAUGCAUGUACAUUAUUGCUUGAAAAGAUAGCAUGUGAUGUCAGGAGACAGAUUUGCUCCAACCAUUUCAUUUGAUUUUGAAUUGUGUUGAACCAAGUGCUUUUUGAAACUAUGAUGAUCAAUUGCCAUGGUACACUGCUUCAAGGAGAAUGAGUUUUUAAAGCAAGAGAUUUGCCAUAAGUUGAAGUGUAUUGUGUAUUAAUUAUACUGUCUUUGUUAUGAGGGAUAUAACCAGUUAUACUGCAAACUUGGUUUGGCAGCUAAAGAAAACUUUUUUCGAAACAUAAUUAUUAUUUUAAAGUGCACUUUGUUGCAAGACUCAGAACUAAGUCAUGAGUUUAAGGUUAUUAGGUGGUUCAUAAAUGGCCUGUGUAUUCAAGUCUGAUUUGUGGAUACAGUGUCCCACUUAAGUAUCCAUUACAAAGAUUAACAAUUUGGUAAAUGCAAGGCCCUGUUACUUUAACAACUAAUUGAACAACUAAUUCAGAACUUGAAAACUACAUUUCUGUCAGCCAAAUCACCUGACAAAUGUAUUAUCUGAUUUGAACAUAUUAACAGUUUGUAGUCCAAUUAUAAUUGUGGUGUUUGAGAGAUUUGCUCAAACCUUCCAUAAUUUAAUUUGUGUUCCUUUAUUAUUUGAUUUCUACAUUGCUCUUAGAAAUAAAGCUUGACAUUUUUGCGAUGAUA